AUGCGAGCAAGGCAUGAUCCUUGUUUCAGUAAUUACUUAUUGCGCAUUGGCAAUGGAUCUGAAUCGGUCAAUGAUCAAAACAAAAUCAAAAUACCAGCAUCUAUGAUAAUUUCUAACAAUUUUUCAAAUGCUGAAAAUCCUAUCAAAGACUUGAUUCAAACUGUCUUUCCAAAUCUCAAGAACUACUCAGAAGAUCCAAUUUCAAUGAUUAAUUCUGUUGUGCUCACUCCAAAAAAUGAUUGUGUACAAGAAAUAAAUGCUUUGUUGAUCAAACAAUUCCCAACAAAAGGUAGAUUAUAUACAAGCAUCGACAAGACAAUCGAUCCAAAUGAUCAAGGACAAUAUGAAGACUUCUUGAAUUCUCUUGAACCAAAUGGUCUCCCACCUCAUCAUUUAGAAUUGAAAAUCAAUAGUCCGAUCAUGACUUUAAGAAACAUAGAUCCUUCAAUAGGCUUGUGCAAUGGAACGCGACUUAUUUGUCGAGAUCUCAAAGAUUUCAUCAUUUGUGCUGAAAUUGCUGUUGGGGAUCGGAAAGGACAAAUGGUUUUCAUACCACGAAUACCAUUGCAACCCUCAGAUCAUCAAAAAUACCCAGUUAAUUCUUGUUUUAUAAUACAUACCAUAUUUACCAUAUUCAUUUUUUUGGUUCUUAACAAUAACAUUUUUCAUUGA